CGAACCAAACCCCAGAGAGACAAAAUAAUAACAACAGCAAAAAGCCUGCGAGAUCGAAAUCCGCGAGCUCGAAGCGCGCCCCCGAGGAGGAAGGAAGGAAGGAAGAAGCUCCCUCGGCCUCCGCAUCUUCUCCUCAGUCGCCUCUCGAGCUCCGUGCCCGGUCGCGGUCGCUGCGUCUUCGAGCCCGCUUCGCAGUGAUCUCGCUCUGAACGAGUUCUAAGAUGGGUUGUCCAUCGUUCCGGCAUGUCCUUGUCACAAUGCUGGCGCUGUUUUUGAGCCUCCAAGCUGUGUCCGGGAUUAGAUUUGUCAUUGACAGGGAGGAGUGCUUCUCUCACAAUGUUGAAUAUGAAGGGGAUACAGUGCACAUUUCUUUUGUCGUGAUCAAGUCUGACUCGUCUUGGCAUUAUAGUCAAGAUGGCGUCGAUCUUCUGGUGAAGGGACCUUCUGGUGAUCAGAUCCAUGACUUUCGCGACAAGAUAAGCGAGAAGUUUGAGUUCAUCGCUCAUCAUAAAGGAGUCCACCGUUUCUGCUUCACUAACAAGUCUCCUUAUCAUGAAACCGUCGACUUCGACUUACAUGUUGGGCAUUUCACAUACCAUGAUGAGCAUGCAAAAGAUGAGCAUUUCAACCCUUUAAUGGAGCAGAUCGGAAAAUUAGAAGAAGCUCUUUACAACAUUCAAUUCGAGCAGCACUGGCUAGAGGCUCAGACUGAACGGCAAGCAAUAGUGAAUGAUUUGAUGAGCCGGCGGGCAAUUCAUAAGGCCUUUUUCGAGUCAGCAGCACUCAUUGGAGCAAGUGUUCUUCAAGUUUACCUGCUCCGUCGUCUAUUUGAAAGGAAGCUUGGGAUGUCAAGAGUAUAGUUCUUGUCGUGUCGGAUAAGCAGUUGAAUUAUUUGCCGGAUAUUGAUGCUUCUCAACAUGAGCGGACGCAUCUUCCCACUCUUACUGGACAUGUACAGAUACCGAUCUAGUGAUAGAUUUUUGUUUGCCUUUAGAACUAGCGAUAGAUUGAUUCUCCAGAUUAAUCUAUUACAUGUUCAGGAAGUACCAUGCGAUUUUACGUUCUUGGAUGAUACAAAGCCAAUUCCUUUGCCA